GAAAUCACAAGACAAAGCUAAAAUUCUUCUUCAGAUCCACAGUCAACUGCCCUGACUACAUUCUGCAAAAAUCCAGAGGACGGGCUGGUCCACGUGGCUCAUAGCCUUCUCACAGUGUGGUGGUCUCAGAGCAGUAGCACUUCUUACACGGCAGCUGGCUUCUAAGACCCAGGAAGCAGGAACUGCCAGAAGAGCCAUGGAUUACUACAGAAAAUAUGCAGCUGUCAUUCUGGCCAUUUUGUCUCUUUUUCUGCAAAUUCUCCAUUCCUUUCCUGAUGGAGAGUUUACAAUGCAGGGCUGUCCUGAAUGCAAGCUAAAAGAAAACAAAUACUUCUCCAAGCCAGAUGCUCCAAUCUAUCAGUGCAUGGGAUGCUGCUUCUCCAGGGCAUACCCCACUCCAGCGAGGUCUAAGAAGACAAUGUUGGUCCCCAAGAACAUCACCUCGGAAGCCACAUGCUGUGUGGCCAAAGCAUUUACCAAGGCCACAGUGAUGGGAAAUGUCAGAGUGGAGAACCACACCGAGUGCCACUGCAGUACUUGUUAUUAUCACAAAUCUUAAAUAUUUUGCAGUGAGCUUUGUUGAUGAUGGCUGAUUUGCUCAAAAGGAAAAUUAAUUUGUCCAGUGUCUAUGGCUUUGUGAGAUAAAACCCUCCUUUUCCUUGCCAUACCAUUUUUAACCUGCUUUGAGAAUAUACUGCAGCUUUAUUGCUUUUCUCCUUAUCCUACAAUAUAAUCAGCAGUCUUGAUCUUUUCAUUUGGAAUGAAAUAUGGCAUUUAGCAUGACCAUAAAAAGCUGGUUCCACUGGAAAUAAAGUCUUUUAAAUCAUCA